AUGUCAGAGUAUGAAUUUAACUCUUAUAUUUUAAUGUCAUUAUUGAGGAAUGUAUUUUUAGGAAAAAGUGAUCUUAAGCUAAAUUAUGGGGAAUUAACACUUAGUUCAUAUAAAAAACUAAAAGGACUUUUAGACAUCAAGAUAAAAGGCGAUUUACAAAAAUUAGAAUAUUGUUCAAAAAUUAUAUUAACAGCUCUGUUUAUUAUAUUAUCUUCUUCCGCUAAAGCUAUUAUUACAAACAUUGAAAUAUAUAGCAUACAAUCGAAUGGAUUUCGUUUGGCAAUUUCAGCUUUAAAGUAUCUGUUUGAAGAUAUUAUUAUAACGACGGACCUGCAAGAUGUGGAAGUCCUGAGGACUAUUGAGGGGUUUUCAAAUCUAGUAAUAGUUAUAAAAGUAAUCUUAUCUUGA